AGCGCCACAAAAUAUAAAGACGAACAGCAAAACAACAAAGACGGUGUUGUUGAGAGGCUCUCUUUAGGCGUUACGUUGAGUCUGACAUCAUGGGAACUCCGCAACCUUAAAAGAGACGGUAAAAAUACAACGGGAGAUUCACAGUUCGGCUCUCAGUGUGGAAUGAUAAGGACUAACUAACUGCGUCUCCUGUCAGCUCCUCUUCCCGCCGCUCAAGGCAGCAGAGCAGUCACGUGACAGCAGCGAGGGCUCACAGGCUGAGAGAACGCGCUUCAUUCGCCAUACUGUGUUUUGUGCCAUAACGCAUUUUUAUCGCAACAUUUUACUCCCACUCGGUGAGUACGUUUCCAGGCCUUUUUGUAACCCUUUUUGUCUUUUCACUUGCUCUUUUUUUUAUUUUUUUCUCUCUCCUUUUGCUGGGGUUUGAGCAUUGAGAUUUGAAAAAGUGUUGUUUUGAGGCGUUUUUCGAUCCGUACCUCAAGUUUUUAGUAUGCAGUGAUUCCUAUCGGGCUAUUCAGUACUGAGUGACACUGGCCAAGUACGUGCUUGCAGUCGUGUGAAAUCAUGCAACUGGUUUUUAAAUGGCCAUGGCAGUUCUAUUUUUACGUAUGUACGAUGAUGUUUGUUUUGAACCCUUUUUCCUUUUUUGUUCUCUGCCAUAGACUUUUGCUGUAGAUAUGCUUUGCUUGUAUUUUGCGGUGUUGUUCAUGAGAGUUUUGUGAUUUUGAUGUCACCGAGCGAAGCAUUUGCUUUUAUUUUGGUCUUUUCUUUAACACCCAAAAGUCAUUUUGAGACCUGGUGACGUUUUAAUGGAAACUUUUCUUGCAGCUUACCUGUCACGUUUGUUUUAUUUUUGCUGGUUUUUCUUUUCUUUUUCAAUGCCUUAUACUUUUGCAGAUGAUUUUGAGGUGAAGUGAUUUUUGGAGGUGCUCAUUUUUCACGUAUAUGAUGCAAAUUAAGGUGUCUAUGAAGGGAACUAUUGUUUCUUUGGGGGAAAUAUCAAUCAGUGCGUCUUUGCUUUCGCCGAAGAUGAACAGACUCUCCUUUGCAGGAGAAGAAUGACCGGCAAGAGUCAGACCAGCAAUGUCACUAACAAGAACGACCCACGCUCCCUCAACUCACGGGUCUUUAUCGGCAACCUCAACACUGCCAUUGUGAAGAAGGGCGACAUCGAGGUCAUCUUCGCCAAGUACGGCAAGAUCGUGGGCUGUUCGGUGCACAAGGGUUACGCUUUCGUCCAAUACAUGAGUGAAAGGAACGCACGGGCGGCCGUGGCAGGCGAGAACACCAGGAUUAUUGCAGGACAGCCGCUGGAUAUUAAUAUGGCCGGAGAGCCCAAACCCUACAGGCCUAAAGCGGGAUCCAAACGACCCCUAACUGCUGUCUACAGUGGUUAUGAAUUUGAUUAUGAUUACUACAGAGAUGAUUUCUACAAUAGGCUCUUUGACUAUCACGGACGGGUGGCUCCUCCUCCGAGGGCAGUGAUCCCACUGAAGCGUUCGCGAGUGGUACUUCCAUCCACUCGACGCGGGAAGAGUUCCUUCCCUCUUAAAACCUCCUCCGCUUCUUCCUCAAGACCUCCAUCUUCAUCGUCGUCCUUUUCCUCUGGGCUGAAAUCAGUGAAAACUGAUCAACUCCAGACUAUCAAACGUGAACUGACUCAGAUCAAGACGAAGAUCGACUCUCUUCUCGGCCGCCUGGAGAAGAUCGAGAAACAGCAGAGAUCUGAGUGUGAGCCUCAUAGGAAAUAUGAGGAGAACUGUGACUCCUUGCAUGAGGAGUCGAUAUCGGAGACGGCGGAUAACUCUGGAGAGGAGGGAGGAGAGGGAGCGCUGGAUGCGGAGGCGGGAGAAAUGACAGAUGGUGGCGAGGAUGACUACGAUGAAGAAGGCAGCACUGAUCUGAUGGAGAAUCAUGUGUCUGAUAUUGACAAUUGAAGAGUUCUGCAUCCAGAGAGGAAAUCAACUCUGCAUUGAACAGAAGACAUGAAACUCUGUGAAGACGGACGUCUCUUCUCUAAGAGGCCACGAAGACUCGUGAUUGGCUGAUUAGAUGCAGGGCACAUAUUUGGACAAGUUUAGCAUCUGCUAGUCACAACUGCUGUUUUUCAUUUAAUAAUGUUGGCAAAUUCAAUCAUAUUUGACUUUUACAGGAUAUGUGCAAAUCAAAUGUUAUUUUUAAGUUCAUCAUGCAAACACUAAAGUUUAAUUUUAAACUUUAAACCCCCCACCCCACCACCAAAGGAUAACUUAUUUGAGCAAAGAUUUUUACAGUCUUUGUGUGGAAAAUGAGCCUUAAAUGUCCGAAAACUUGGCAUUUUCAAAACCUUGAGGAUUAAUAGAGAAUUUAAGUAGAAUUAUAAUAUAUAUAUAUACACAUAUAUACAUAUAAUUUUUUUUAAUUAUUAUUAUGAUUUAUUUUUACACACACUCCUACUUAUUUCCUAGCCAGUUUAUGCUUUCUGAAAAUGUUUUUUGUGUAAUAUUUACUUGUGUAAUUCUUCUCCAUGGAUCAAAACAUAUUUUUGAUUCCCAAACCGAAUCCACUAAAAGUCAAGUAUUUGGUUUAAUGAAAGUUUUAGCUCCGUACUGCCAUAUUAGUUUCAUUAGACUCAAACUUAUAAUGUACACAUCAGUGUGACUGAAAUAUUGUCAGACCACUGCAACUCAAAAAAAAAAAAAAAAGAAUUAUUUCUUAAUGUGUCAUAAUUUGUAAAGAUACUGUAAAGAUGAUAUUGUGUGUACAUUGUCACUGUAUUUUGUUUUUAUCAUGCAUAGCUGUGUGUUAUUCAGAACGACAUGUAGUAGUCACAUUGUUUCCGUUCUCUAUGAUGUCAUCCGGUAUGGAGUGUCAUAAUGAACUCUAUUUUUGUAUGGCAGAUUUACAGAAAAAGCUUCAGAAUAUCCAUCUUUGUUCUGCUGACAUUUUCAUUCUGCUACUGUACAUAAUUUAUUUGUUUGAAUAAUGGAACUGUAUGUGUAUAGCUUAAAAAAAAAGAAAAAGAUUGAUGGAAAAUGGAUCCGAUUGUUUUGCUAUAUUUUGAAAUUGGUGUCAUGUUUGGGAGAAAAACUAUUCUAUACCGGUCUAGGUCACUGAUGACAUCUCAGAGGCCUAGAAAUAUAAUUAAAAUUAAUUCAUAUUGUAUAGAAAUGUAAA